CGCGCUCCCGCGUGAUAGUGAGCGCGCAGGUUGGCCUUCCGGCGGCGCAGAACCUGAAGCGCGUUCCGCAACAGGCCGUGCGUUGUUAGCUACCAUCUUGUCUGCAUAGACACCCUUCGGAUGAUCCCAGCAGAAGUAUGAUGAAGACUCCUCCCUCUGUAAGUCUGCGGAUCAAACGCAAAAAUGUUCGUCAAAUCAGAAGACAUCUCUGUGUAAACAGAGCCAAUGGUCCAGACACCCAGAGUUCGCUGUGGAAGAUCACACCAAGCCAGUGUGACAUGUAUCUGGCCAAAAAGACUUUGACUCCAACUACUGUCAUCCAGCAGCAGGAAAUGGCAUCAUACUUCAGAUUGUUUGAUGAUCACCUGAUUCAAGACUUUCUGAUGAUGGACUGUUGCUACAAAAUGACAGACAAGUACCUUCUGGCCAUGACCUUUGUGUACUUCAAAAGGGCUCGCUUCACUAUUGCUGAGUACACCAGAAAGAAUUUUUUCAUUGCACUAUAUCUUGCCAACACCAUGGAGGAGGAUGAGGAGGAGGGCAAGUAUGAAAUUUUUCCCUGGGCUCUGGGCAAGAACUGGAGGAAACAGUUUACCCACUUCCUCAAAGAUCGAGACAAGCUGUGGGCUCGCAUUGAGUACAGAGCUGCUGUCAGCAGGCGCUGCUGUGAAGAGGUGAUGGCCAUCGUGUCCUCACACUUUGUUUGGCAGCGACAGCGGUCCGAUCACCACAGCGGUGCUCAGCGGCUGUACACUGAUCAAGACAACACCCGUUUUCCCCGCGGGCCUUUUGCCUCCCCGCUCUCCUGUGCCCUCUGUACCCAUGGCAAGAAGGUACAUCACGGUUCAGUUACCUCUUGUACCUCCAGAGGAUCAUCUGUGCAGACAUCCGACAGUGCUUAUCCACACCUAUUUGCCUCUGCACUGAGUUUGGAGAUCACCCCACCCAAGGCUGCAGCCUCUCUCAGGAAGAAAGUGGAGAAUAAAAGCCAACUGUGGCAUUCUUGCUGCUCUUGUCCUAAGGAGAUGCCCAGGGAUGAUACUUCCUGUACAUCCACAUACGGCAUCUUCACGGACUGGAUCAAUGAGGAGUAGAGCAUCACAUCACCUCAGCAGUUUACCCGUCCUCUUUAGAACAACACAGCAGUUCUGUGUGUUAUUGUCUGUCUUGGUGGAUGUAAUAGCACUUUUACUUUGAAGUAAAGGCCUGAAUACCCAGUUUGUGAAAACCUCCUUUAAUGCAGACAAGUAACUGUGGCAGGAAUGAGCUACAGUCAUUCAGUACAUAAAAUAUAACAUGAAAUAAGACUGACCACUGGGUAUAAGUUGGUUGUUUGUGUGAUUGUGCCAAAAGACUUAUUACUGUAAAGAUGAGCUGAACCUACAGAGUUGAUAUUUAUUUAUUUAAUGUAUUUGUUUUUCCACAGAUGUUAAAAAGAUUUUUCUGUAUAUUUAUCUUGGGAUCCUUGUCCUCAACAGACUGUUACAUUCAGGGGAUCACUUGGUUGUGUUUUGUUGCCAAUGUGCCUGUUUGAUGAUCAACCACUGCCGUAGGAGUUUGGAAUACAGGCUAGAUCUUGAAAGUGUCUGUUGAUGUGCUUUAUUGCAUCCUGCUUUAAUGCCUUUGACGUAGCUUAAUUAGCUCCGUUUUGGAGAAAUGUUGCUCGUUACACACAGGUAAUGACUUUAUAUGUUCACGUUACUAUGCAGAAUAUCUUACAAAUCCUAUUUACAGAGCCCAUGUCACCAAAUGUGAGAAAUUAUUGUCUGGAAUUUCUGACUUUACAUUUACAGGAUUAAAA